CCAGAUGAGGACGUGUGCGUGUUCAAGUGCUCCGUGUCGCGCGACACCGAGUGCAGCCGCGUGGGCAAGCAGUCCUUCAUCAUCACGCUGGGCUGCAACAGCGUGCUGCUGCAGUUCGGGACCCCCACCGAUUUCUGCUCCUUCUACAACAUCCUGAAGAACUGCCGCGGGCACAACACGGAGCGCUCGGUGUUCAGCGAGCGCACCGAGGAGUCCUCGGCCGUGCAGUACUUCCAGUUCUACGGGUACCUGUCCCAGCAGCAGAACAUGAUGCAGGACUACGUGCGCACGGGCACGUACCAGCGGGCGAUCCUGCAGAACCACAGCGACUUCAAGGACAAGAUCGUGCUGGACGUGGGCUGUGGCUCGGGCAUCCUCUCCUUCUUCGCGGCGCAGGCGGGCGCGCGCAAAAUCUACGCGGUGGAAGCCAGCACCAUGGCCCAGCACGCCGAGGUGCUGGUGAAGAGCAACAACCUGACGGAGCGGAUCGUGGUGAUCCCGGGCAAGGUGGAGGAGGUGUCGCUGCCCGAGCAGGUGGACAUCAUCAUCUCCGAGCCCAUGGGCUACAUGCUCUUCAACGAGCGCAUGCUCGAGAGCUACCUGCACGCCAAGAAGUACCUGAAGCCCAGUGGGAACAUGUUCCCCACGAUCGGGGACGUGCACCUGGCGCCCUUCACGGACGAGCAGCUCUACAUGGAGCAGUUCACCAAGGCCAACUUCUGGUACCAGCCCUCCUUCCACGGCGUCGAUCUCUCAGCGCUGCGCGGGGCGGCCGUGGACGAGUACUUCAGGCAGCCCGUGGUGGACACCUUCGACAUCCGGAUCCUCAUGGCCAAAUCCGUCAAGUACACCGUCAACUUCUUGGAAGCCAAGGAGGGCGACUUGCACAGGAUAGAAAUCCCCUUCAAGUUCCACAUGCUGCACUCGGGGCUGGUGCACGGCCUGGCCUUCUGGUUCGACGUGGCCUUCAUCGGCUCCAUCUGCUCCUCUGGGACCCCUCAGGGGCACUUUGGGCUCUCAGACCCCCCCUUGGCUGCACUUCGGGGUCUCUGCGCCCCCCCAGCCCCAUUUGGAGACCCCAGCCCCCCCUCCGGGUGCAUUUGGGGGGGGGUCUCACGCGCUGCCCCCCUCCCCAGACAGAGCUACGACAUCAGCAUCGUGGCCCAGGUGGACCAGACGGGCUCCAAGUCCUCCAACCUCCUGGACCUGAAAAAUCCCUUCUUCAGGUACACGGGCACGACCCCCUCGCCCCCCCCCGGCUCGCACUACACGUCGCCCUCGGAGAACAUGUGGAACACGGGAAGCACAUACAACAUGAGCACGGGCAUGGCCGUGGCCGGGAUGCCGGCGGCCUACGACCUGAGCAGCGUCAUCGCCGGCGGCUCCAACGUGGGCCACAACAACCUGAUCCCCCUGGCCAACACCGGCAUCGUCAACCACACCCACUCCCGGAUGGGCUCCAUCAUGAGCACGGGCAUCGUGCAAGGCUCGUCCGGCGGCCAGAGCGCGGCGGGCUCCAGCGCCCACUACCCCCUGAACAGCCAGUUCACCAUGGGGGGCCCCCCCAUCUCCAUGGCGUCCCCCAUGUCCAUCACCACCAACACCAUGCACUACGGCAGCUAGAGACCCCUCCCCAAAACCAGCGGCGACCGACCAAACGCGGGGACCCCCGCCCCGCCCCGCCCCGGGGGUCUCUCCCUGCCCGCGCCGGACCCGGAGGGGAUUUUAUUGUUUUUUUCUUUUUUUGGGAUUUUUUUGGUUUUUGGGGGGUUUUUUUGGGGGCGUUUUGUACCGCUGGGAGUGCCCGGGGGGGGGGGGGGCCCACC